AUGCCGCCAGUGCGGCCUCUGCCCUUAGAGGUAGACGAUGUGAGUUUGUGGAGUGAGGCUGAACUUGACGAGCUGUACGAGAAGGUUAUCGAAAUUUUGGCCUCUCACGAGAUAAGGAGGCCCGAGCCCCAAAUGUUAGGUCCGUGGAGCUGGGAUGAAGAUUACAAUCGUUUCCUUUUCUUGCUGUACCGUAGCAUUCCUGGUGUGCCUGAUUCUGCCCGGUUGACAUUAUUAGUCACCACAGAAUGGAACGACUCAUCGGCAGAGAACUGGGAGCGCGCUGUCCAGGAAAUCAAGCCUUUCGCUCUCAGUUUUCUAAAACAAGAGGUGGAUGUAGAGAUAAUCGGCAGCCAGCUCACCAAAUCUCGAGACAUCAGACCUCUCGGUCACCACCCACUCAUUCAGGACAACUGGGACGCUAUAUCGGGCGAAAUCAAAGAGGUUCUUCAGCGCCACCCGGCAUCUCGAGGCACCAUGACUGCGAUUACAGUUUUCCGGAUGGGAAACUGCGACAGAGAUGAAGAUAUGCCCAUCACAGUGUACGUCUCCGUCAGCCACGACUGUCCCGAGGCUAGUUGGCCGCCAAUCAUCGACGAUAUCAACAAAAUUCUCGAGCCCUACCCCCUCGAACUGUUUUUCGAACACAACCACUGGCAGCCGACCGCCUUUGAGCCUCUUCCCCCUUCCUCUAAGGAACUGUUUCCUUAUGACUUUGUUCGUCGACCUUACCAAAGUUGCCCAGAUUUGGGCGCUGAUAUUGGCGCGGCCCAAUACAUUGAGUGCGAUGGUCAAAGACAGAGCCCGCCGAUGGGAACGCUGGGCUGCUACGUCGAUUUUAAGACCAUACAGGGGGAGCAGAAGACCAUGGCGCUAACUUGUUACCACGUUUGCCGGCCAUGUGCCCCUGGGUUCACCUAUGAAAAGGGCAAACCGGGGACUGAAAGUGUUAUACCGCUUCCAGCGGGCCUCCCUGAGGCAUUUGAUAGAAGUGGAAUUCGUCCAGAUCAUGCAUAUGUUUUAUCAGGCAUGGAACACCCUAGUCGGCAGAGGCACAAUGUCAAUAUCGCAUGGCUUAAUGCUAAACUUCAAAAAGAUCUCAGGGAGAACAAGAGACCCAAUGCGGAAGAGAGGUUGGAUGCCGCCCAUAGAGCAUUUGAUGAGGGUGCAAACAUUCUAGGAAAGAUCUGGGCAGCUUCGGGUUUCGGUCAUCGCUCCGCGACAAACUUCUUCCUCGAAUGGGCUCUGAUUGAAGUCCAACCAAGUCGCCAGGGAAGGAACCAACUACCUGGCUUAUCCGUCUGGGAGAGUCAGUAUGAUAGCUUAGACUGGCCUGAUGAAGAGGCUGGGGCCAUGGAUCAUCUGAAAAUGUAUCGCCAUGGUACUGCCCUUGGUACAUUGGAGCCCGGCACAAAGGUUUACAAGCACGGAGCCGCGUCCGGACUGACAGUUGGCCACUACCAAGGUGUGAAGUCUCACGUCGGUCCUAGCAUGAAUAACCCAUCGGGAGCAUCCACAAAUGCAUAUUUAGUCGAGAGCUUCGGUACUCGUCCGUUCUGUGGCCCCGGAGACUCUGGAGCGGUAGUCUAUGAUGCGGAAGGGCAUGCUUUGGGCUUGGUUUUUGAUUUUUGGGGAUAUCGAGAGAUGCUGCGGAGUUACCGACCUGCGAAUUUCACCGCCAACUAG